GAUUGUGUGAGCAGGCUAUGUGUGAGAGAGGAGAGAGCGCAGCAGAAAUAGGGUGAGCUGGAAUAACGCGGGUCACUGUCAGUUGAAGUAUGGAGUGAGAUGUGAUCGUGUGGACUGUGAGGGUCUGUGAGGAGUCUCUGGAACACAUACACAGAACAUUUAGCGCAUCGUUUCUGUCUCUCUGGAGGAACACGACAGGUCAGUACUGAUGGGCUGGUUGGGCGUUUGGGUUUUGUCCAGCCUGCUUGGAUCUUCUCUGUUGCUGGCUCAUGGAGUCAGUGCUGGUUCUGAAAGAAAGGAGCGUCCAGAUGGCCUUGAGGAGAUGCCGUAUGGAGGAGCUGCAAAUAAAGACAACCAAAAUGAGGGGCCGUGCCGGAGGACGUACUGCGGUCGAGGGCGGGAGUGUGUGGUCAGGGAUGUAACGGGCCGUGCCGAGUGUGUUUGCCAGGAAAGAUGCCACAGCUCAUUUGUGCCCGUCUGCGGUUCUGAUGGACACUUUUAUGACAACCACUGCGAGCUGUACCGCACCGCUUGCCUGCAGCGCCGCAGGAUUUAUGUGCUCCACAGUAAAGACUGCUUCUUCAAAGGCGACACGUGCACCAUGGCGGAGUAUAACCAGCUGAAGAGCAUGCUGCUGGAUAUGCAGCACAGGAGCCGGACGGACGGCAAACAAACCGUAGAAAACCCAAUGGACCAAAGGAGAGCUACGGUGGACACCUUGUUCGAGUAUUUAGAUCUAAACCAGGAUGGACGUCUGAGCGGUGGAGAGCUGGCAGAGAUCUCCAUAAAGGAGCAUUUGGAAGACAUCUUAGUGCAGUGCACCAUGCAAGACCUCCUGCGUUACGACGAUUACAACAACGACGGUCACCUGACUCUUCAAGAGCUCUACACAGCUUUCCAGGUCAUCCAGCUCAGUCUAGCAGAAGACAAGCGUGUGAGCGUCACCACCGUGACUGUUGGUCUGAGCGCAGUGCUGUCCUGUGCCAUUCAGGGUACACUGAGACCCCCCAUCAUCUGGAGGAGAAACGGCAUCAUCCUCAACUUCCUCGACCUGGAGGAUAUAAAUGACUUUGGUGAAGAAGGCUCCCUCUACAUUACGAAGGUGACUACGAUUCACAUGGGCAACUACAGCUGUCAUGCGUAUGAAUACGAAGAGCUGUCCCAAACCCACGUGCUCCAGGUGAAUGUUCCUCCGGUAAUCCUAGUCUAUCCAGAGACUCAGGCCCAGGAACCUGGCGUGGCCGCCAGCCUGCACUGCCAUGCUGAAGGUGUUCCAAACCCUAAACUCACAUGGCUGAAGAACGGCCUGGACCUCCAGCCACAUGGAUCGAAACAGCUUUCUCUGCUCGUGAAUGGCAGUGAGUUGCACAUCGGUAGCGUGCGGUAUGAAGACACCGGAGCUUACACCUGCAUCGCAAGAAAUGAAGUUGGCGUAGAUGAAGACAUCUCGUCUUUAUUUGUGGAAGACUCGGCUCGCAAGACACUGGCCAACAUUCUCUGGCGAGAGGAAGGGCUCAGUGUGGGGAACAUGUUCUACGUGUUCUCCAAUGAAGGCAUCACCAUACUGCAGCCUGGAAACUGUGAGAUUCGCAGACACAUCAAGCGCUCAGAGAGGAUUCUGGGUAGUCAUGAGGAGCUGUGUCCCACAAGCACAAGUGAUUCUCAACAGGAGUGUGUUUGGGCAUCAGCGGUCAUUGUUAGAGACAAAUAUGUGUAUGUGUCCCAACCGCUUCACAACAGACUGCUAAUCGUUGACACACAGACACAGAAAGUCAUACAGGCUGUGGAAACAGAGCCCGUGCCUGUCAAACUCUUCUAUGAUAAAUCUCAUGAUCAGCUGUGGGUCUUAAGCUGGGGAGAUCUGCUGAAAUCAACUUCCACUUUACAGGUGAUCUCUUCUGCAAGCUUGGGAGAUCAGCAUCGAGUCAUCCGUACUCCGUUUGAAAGAGUGGAAGACUUCUACAUCCCACCCACCAACCUCAUAAUCACUCACGUGAGGUUUGGCUUUGUCUACUUGAAAUCAGAGGCAGCGGUGCAUAAAAUCGACCUUGAGACCUUCAAUCUAGUCAAGACCAUUAGUCUUCAGAACUACAGCUGUGUCCCGGCCAGCAUGGCCUACACUCAUCUGAGCGGUUACUAUUUCAUCGAGUGCCAAGGCCCGAACCUGCAGCUUCUCGUCGACAGCGUAACUGAUGCGAUCAUCGGACCCAAUCCCACCAUCACCGGCCAACCGUUCGUAUCUCCGGACGGCCGCUUCGUCGUCUCCGCGGAUAAGCGACGUGGGAAGCUUCAAGUUCAGAUUGUCUCCUUCCAAGGUGAACUUCAACUCAGUCACGAACUGGACGUCUCCGUUGCAAUCUCACACUUGGAGUUUCAACCGUCCUUCACAGAAUUCAACCAGUAUGUGGUCGUGACCUCCUCGGCCAAGGGCUCAGAAGUGGUUUUCUCGGACCUGUCGACAGGAAAAAGUCAAGUUCUCAAGAACAUUAAAGAGCCAAUUCCAUCCCCUAGCUGGAUUUGGGGAGACACCAAUAGGCUUGUGGUCUCCAGUGGGGUGUUUGGACGGUACUUGGUCACGUCGUCGGCCGAAUCCCUGUUUGUUCUGGACGGCAAACAAAGUCGUUCUCACUGUGAGGUGUCAGACAUCAAGACAGGGAACACAGUGGUUUGGGUGGGUGAGGUAUGAGUCGGGCACCGCUGGGCGGUCCUGCGAGGGAUUGCGCCGGCCACCGAGCCGAAACCUUUAAGGGAUGAGAAUGGACUCAACACUAGUAGUGAGUAAAGUUAACACACAUGCGGGUUUCUAGAUGAGUAAACACACACAUGCACAUACAUGCAACGAUACAAAAACAACAAGGAAAGCUUCAGUGCAACAGUGAGCUAAAUAAACAAAUGACAGAUGUAGCUGUUUGGCACUUUCCUGUUAGCAGAAAUAGAUUUAGUACGCAACAGAAAGGCUAGGUGAGGACCGAACUAUGCACAAUGCUUUUUCGAUAUCUUCUUUUCUUAAUGUGAUCACUUUGUGCUGCAAGAAAUGUGUCCAUUAAUGUCACAUGAUCAAUGUUUUCUGUAAAUAAUUGUGUUGUUCGCUUCAUCCGUGUGUUUUCUGACCACGCAUUUCAACGGCUGUACACAUCUGUCAAAGAGAGAAGCCUAUUUUACAGGGAUUCCUACGACACGUUGUAAUAAAAAUAUGACCAUAACAUUUGUGUUUCUUUCUUCAUACACAGUACACUGUGUUCCUUGUGUCUCUGGGUCAGUGUCUGCGUUUACUCAGCUUUACAAAUCGGACAUUCAUAUUAUUAUGAAAAAGUCUCCAGCGUUGCAAUAAAACCUGAAAUUUCUAGCAUUCAAGAGACAGUCAACGAACCCCCUGAGAAAAAAUGACUUCAACUAAAUUAUUUUGUUGGGAAAACAGAACAUGCAGAAACACAGAAAGGUGUGUGUGUUGGUUUAGGGGUAGAAAAUAACAUCAGCUCAGUCAACAAGUUGAAGAAAAGUCCCUGUCAUGUUUGUGUGGAUGUGUGCGUGCGUGUGUGUAUAUGCACAAAAUCUUUCUGUCCGUACACAAAUCUACAACUCUUCAGAGCAACAUUUGCUUUCGUCACAAUAUUUCUACACUUCUAGUCACAUCAGAACAGGAGGAAACCAUGAUAGUAGAUGUAGAUUAAGAAGUAGAAGUAAUUACACUGUGCUGACUUUUUUGUGAUUUUUGAAUAAGACAACAUUAAGAAUGUAAAGGUGUUGCAAAUAUUAAAUUUGACCAAUAAGAAAUCUCCCUUUUCGAAACAAAAUGACAUCACUGGCGUGCUGUUCGGGGGUGCGUUUCCCAAACGUCAACUCGCUGCUUAACCACCAUAAUAAAAUGCAUUGUGGGAGAAACCAGCUAGUCACAUCUAGUCUAAACAUCUCUUUUUAUUUUUUUUUAUUAUCUCUUAUGAUACUCCGGAAUUUCUGCGGUGUAGAGAACGUUUUUUUAAAAAAGAGCUUUUCAUUUUUUAACAAAACUAAAAAACGUAGAAUAGAAUUUGUUGAAUGAUGGAAACAGAAUGCACUGCAUGUUGCUUGUUUGUUUUCUUGUUUUUGUUUUUUGGCUGAAGAGCAUGAUGUGUGUAAGUCUAACCACACCUCGAGAGCUGUAGCGAAUCACUAGACUUACUAGCGAUGCUGUGUUGAAUCUUUGAAUCAUGCUGUCAGCGACUGAACGCUAACAAUGCUUUCGGGAAAUGCACCCCAGGACAGUUGGAUUAUCAUCAUCACCUCUGAUGGCCAGACCUAAAUAAACAUAGGGACACAGAUACAUUUAGAGUUCUGACUUCAUACACUUACAACUAAUGAAAUCUGGUUAGGCAACAAUCAUUAAAUGAACGUGGUUCAAAUGUAUUUCACUUUUAGUUGUGUAACCAGAGUUACAUAUAUUACAAUCAUUUUAAUGUUCUUGUAAGAACAUAUACAGUAAGAACCAUGUGAAUAUUGUGUGCUCUGUAUUGUAAAAAACUGUCUUGAAAAGACUAGAAACGAUUCACUUGAUUUCUGGUUGAAAUCAAACAAUAAUGCAUUCAAUAUUUCGCUUGUUUUCAACAAUGCCGAUUUCUCUCAAGCUAGAAAAAGCCAGUUGCAGACUUGUAUUACUGUAAAACAUCAUUUAUUCUUUUACAGAUAUUACAAUUUUAUAUGCACACGUGUUUGGUAUUUUGUAAUGGUUCUUUGAACACUAAAAUGCCAGCCUGAUGUUUGAAAUGAACGACUAUUGAGUCACAUCCAUUAGUCUUUAUUGCUGUUUCGCAUCCUCACACUUUCAACCUUUUCUUGUCCUGGUGUACCUUUGGAUUUCCAUGUGUGUGUGGUGCUGUUAUAAACCUUUUUAACACACGUCAGUUUCUGUGUGUCUCACUCAACAUCACUUUCACUCAGAACUACUACAAAACUUAAACCUUUUGAGGCACAUAGUGAAGUUUUGUGCGUUUGCAGUUUUGCCCAAUAAAUAGGUGGAGAACCAAAGCAUUUAUUUGAUCUUUUUUGUUGGUUUAUAUUUUUAGUCAGCAGACAAGUAAUUGGCAAAUGAACAAAAUAUACGUCUACUUAUUACAGGGUAGGUGAAUAAAUUGAUUGAAUAUUUAUCUUUAAAUGAAAAGUUACCUGUAACAUCUGUCCUGUUUUUUUAAUGUCACAAAACAUGCGUGGCUGGCUGUAGCAUACGAUGUCAAAAAAGAAUCUGACAUAUUCACACAUACCUGUAUGUCGGCUUUUAUUGCAAAAUUCUGUUGUGAGUGUGUGUGUUUAGGUUUAUAUCACGCAUAGUAAAUAGCGAAUUGUGGAUUAAUAGUAAAUUACACUAACAUUUUUCUCAACCUUUCAUUAAUGACAAAAUGCCAAGGACCUUGAGGACAAAUUACUUAUUUAUAGUGAUUUUGUUUUCAAUAAACCUUUAAAAAUGUCUUAGGUGUCUUUGUGCUGGUUAUCUCUAUGCAACACAUUUUUCAUUGUCUCGGCAAUAAUUGUUGAAAUGUUGAUGUUUUGCUUGUAACGACAGUAAUCACUCUUCUGGUUUGUUUGUUUGUUAGUUUUGUAUGAUUUAGUAUACUGGUUUAUUGUCCUUACAGUGUAACUGACCACGUCAGUUCUUGUCUAGUUUUUAGCUUGUUUUGUGGUCGAGGAAGUUCAUUUUUUUCCUGGUGUCUGUUUUAUUAACUUGCUUUUGUUUUAUUACAUAAAAAAUUGUAAAAUUUUGCACUUUUUGAAAAGACAAUGACUUAAUUUAAAAACAUAAUGGAAUGUAAAAAAGAUGGAAAUGUCAUGAUUUCAUGUAAAUAAAUAUCUGUAUCAUGUAACAAGUAUUGAAAAGAAAUUCCUGAAGUCAAAGUCAUGCCACAAUGAUUUAUUAGCAUUGGCUGUAAAUAUUUAUUUAUUGUAUAAUGUAAUAUAGUGUUGCCUGGAAUAUAUAUUUCUUCCAGUUUUACAAU